AUGUAUGCUUUUUCGGGUCGCUUUUCCUCUUCGGCUGGCAACGCCGCCCAGCAGUCCGGCCAGCAGUCGUUCGGCAAUAUUUCUGGCCGGAUGAUGCGGAAUACCGCACUCGCCCAGGCCAUGGGCCAUGAUCCGACGUUUUUCGAAUCCAGUCGGACGAUUUCGCCUGCUUCGGGCAGCACCAAACGGAAGCGCGAGGAUGCGGGAGAAGACGGCCGUGCCAUGGAUGACGAGGCACUUCUCAACCAAGACGUGGUCGAUUUGGUUGAUACCGACGAAGUGCCCGCAGGACUCCUGAAGCCCAAGGAGUAUACUAAGCUCAGCGGCUUCCAGUGUGUAAUCUGCAUGGACAAGUGUACCAACAUUACGGUCACGCAUUGCGGCCACUUAUUCUGCUCUGAGUGUUUGCACUCCGGACUAAACAUUCAUCCCAACAAGCGCGUCUGCCCAGUCUGCCGUCAAAAGAUUGACAAGCUGCCACAGAACGGGCGCUUCGGACCAAAGGCUAAGGGCUACUAUCCUCUCGAGCUCAAGUUAGUCUCGAAGAAGAUGCUUGCGAAGGGAGAGACCAGCAAGGCAAAAGGCGGCACCGUCGUCUAA